AUGAACUGUCUUGCAUGGGGGUAUGCCUCUGCCUUCGGUGUCUACCAGCUAUACUACACCGAAACCAUGAAGUUACCUCGGUCUCAAAUUUCUUGGAUCGGCUCCAUCCAGAUCGCAAUCACUUUCGCCACAUGUACUGUGUCUGGCCGUCUCUCGGACGCUGGCUACAACAGGGCCACUGUGAUUGGAGGCUCCACUCUCGCCGUGUUUGGAACGGCCAUGACAAGCCUGGCCACGGAGUAUUGGCAAAUCCUCCUUGCCCAAGGCAUUUGCACAGGAAUAGGUUUAGGUUUGCUCUUUAUGCCAGGCGUAGCUGUUGUCAGCUCCUACUUUUAUAAGAGGCGAUCUUUUGCCCUCGCCAUGGCAGCGACGGGCACCGGAUCUGGAAGCGUCAUCUUCCCCGCCACUAUCAAUACGUAUGCCCGCGAAGAGAUUGGUUUCACAUCAACUAAGUCGGUGGAACUUCUGCUCAUCACUAAUGCCAUGAGCAUUCCGGCCCGACCUGUGGUUGGAUACUUGGCCGAUAAUGUCCUGGGUCCGCUGAACACCGUGAUAUGUGCCACCGCGAUACUAGGCUGCAUGUUCUUCGCGUGGAUAGGAGUUACCACCAAAACGGGCAUCUACGUCUUCUGCGUCUUCUUCGGCCUCUCCAAUGGGGCUGCUCAGGGCGUGUUCGGAGGCGCGCUGACAAGCUUGACCUCGGAUCCCCGCAAGAUGGGCACAAGAUUUGGUAUGGUCGCCACCCUCCUCGGGCUCGCUGCGUUGGCGGGGCCACCGACCGCCGGCGCUAUCAUUGAUAGAUCAGGCGGAGAGUAUCUCGGCGCCCAACUCUGGGGCGCCAUCGUCAUACUUGCCGGGGCGGCUACGAUUGGGGCGUCCCGUGUUUCCAUUACAGGAUGGAGGCUCAAGGCAAAAGUCUAG